GACACCGCUGUGGACGGCUUUGAGGAAAUAAAAUCUGUGAGAAGUUUGAUGGCGUCAAAUUUUGAAAGUUGGUGUAGUAGUUGUUCGGCAUUCAGAUGUUGUUGUAUUUACUGUGUGUUUUCGUAGCCUUCUGUUGAUAUGGCUUUGGUUAAUGAGCAUACGGGUAAUCCUACAACACCACACUCUCAAACUCAUGGCAUAAAUAAAUCGCUCCUUACUCCUUGCAGACGUGUAGGCCUCAAAAGAAAAUCUCCCACUGCUUCUCCCAGUUGUUCUUUUGUAAGUGGUCAAAAUUUAAGUACACCUGAUAAAAAUGAGGGAAGUGAUGAAUUACUGUCAAAGGCGAAAUGUGUGACACCAAACAGUUUCAAAUCUGCAGAAACCCCGAAGAGAGACGUAAAGUCCACAGAAACGCCGAAAAGAGGUGAAGGCCCACAGAAAACUGUUACAAGCAAAAAAGAGCAUCGUGUGAGGCGGAGAGGCACGCAGGCGCAACUGCGAGACGCAGUUGAAAAUGAAACUGUAAGCCCAGACGUAGAUAACCGUAGUUCGCAAACUGAUGUUACAGAGAUUGCAAACAGUAAGAGUGUUGAUUUCGAAAUAGUUUACGAUCAGAAAACACUGGCCGAUUUAGAAAGAAAUGUAGCCGCGAAAGAGGAUAAAGUGCAGUCGCUGAGAGUUGCUCAGCUCUAUCGGAAAAAGCAUGAUUUGACAAAGCUAAGGGAAUCCAUCUGUAAAUGGAAAACUGGAUGUCAGAGUGCUCUUCAGGAUUUAUUAGAAAUGACACAUGAACAAGGACAUAAAGUAACUAUGAUGCAGCUGUUGUCACAUCUUGGAAUACCACCUACUUUGAUAGGAUAUGAACCCGAACAGGAUGAAUUUACAUGAAAGCAACAGUAAAGUAUAAUGUAUUACACUGGGGAGCCUAUACACUCAUAAUCUUUGUAAAUAUGAUAGUUUAAUUAUUUAGCAUAAGUAAUUAUGUUGCCAAUUAUAAAUAUGUAUUUUGAAGGAUAACUACUUUAUUUUAUGUAUGAAUAUGAAGGAAAAAAGAAAAAUACAAUUGAAAUUAUUCUUA